UAAAUGACUACGUGUACAAAUUACAUAUGUUAUGGUACACAUAAUCAUAACUUGUAUUUUGUGUUAACCGGUAUUGUACACGUUGUCUUUGCUCCUAUAAGUACUAAAAACACCGAAUAUUUUAGUAAAUUUGAAUUAAACAGUAAAUUAAAACAGUUAAUAUGGUAACUAUUAAAAUGAUUCUUUUGCUUAGUCUGGCAACGUACGUGGCGUGUGGUGGCGGUUCUUCUACAAUAAAAAACUGCAUUGGCGGUGGAUCAUCUAGGUCUAACACUCCAAACACCACAGAUGAACAGAAUAAUGACAUGGGUAAUACAUCUUGUGUGAAUUUUAACAGAGGUAAUAGAGAAGAAACAGUUUAUGAUAUAGAUGGUAAUACCGUAAAAUUUAAAGGUAAUAAACUCUUUAUCAACGGCAUAAAAGCGAAAGGAGUUAAAGCAAAGAAUGUAAGCGUGAUAGAAAUUGGUGAAGGUUCAUUAAAGAUAAAUGGGAUUAUAAAUGAACAAUUCGCUGAAACAACUGGAGAAGGAUUAAUGCAUUUUUACAAUAAAAAAUAAAAAUUCAAUGUAACCAAAUUCAAAUAUUACCAACUGAUUACAUCAUAAUAAUUGAACAACUCAAUGGAAUACUAGGACAAGGAAUCAUGUAUUUUUAAAUAUUCAAGAAGCAAUAAAUCUACAAUGAGAGAUAAAAAAUUCAAUGUAACUUAAUGCAAUUAUUACAAACUGAUU